AUUUAGUGAAUGCAGGGUCCAGGGAGAGCGGAUGUAGUGAAUGCAGGAUUCGGGGAGAGCGGAUAUAGUGAAUGCAGGGUCCGGGGAGAGCGGAUAUAGUGAAUUCAGGGUCCGGGGAGACCAGAUAUAGUGAAUGCAGGGGUCCAGGGAGAGCGGAUAUAGUGAAUGCGGGGUCCGGGGAGAGCGGAUAUAGUGAAUGCAGGGUCCGGGGAGAGCGGAUAUAGUGAAUGCAGGGUCCGGGGAGAGCGGAUAUAGUGAAUGCGGGGUCCGGGGAGAGCGGAUAUAGUGAAUGCAGGGUCCGGGGAGACC